AAUAAUGAACUAUUCCUGCCAACAUGGAAGUCAUGAGACUGUGUUGGACCUCAGUGUUCCUACUUUUUCUGCUUUUACAAGAUGGUCACGCAGAAGACAAACCUCGGAAAAUCUCCAUGAGGAUCGUAGAAGAGCCAUCUAAUUACGGAUAUGCAGGUAAUCAGGCCAAUUCUGGUGUGAGGACACUGACUCCACGGGUCAAAGCUUCAAAUGUAUCAGGCCCUGAUCCUUUACAGCAACUAGCAGGAAGAUGUUAUUCAAAAGUACUUGGCAAUUACAAAUACAAGUUCUGCCCAUUCCACAAUGUCACACAAUAUGAGCAGAGUCUAAGGUGGAACCCAUACAGUGGCAUACUGGGUGUAUGGCAGGAGUGGGAGAUAGAGAAUAACACCUUUACAUCCAUGGUCAUGCCUGAGGGGGAUGACUGUGGCAGUAAGAGGAGACAAGUCAAGGUUUAUUUUAGAUGUGGGAACAAGAACCAGGUUAUGAACGUGACAGAACCGACCACAUGUAACUACAUGUUAGAGUUUAAAACUCCUCUGGUGUGCCAUCCUCACGUCAUGUUAGUGUAUCCAACCUUGAGUGAAGACCUCCAGUCUCAGUGGGACCAGUUAGAACAGGAGCUGUAUGAGGAACAAAUCACUCAAAAGGGGUACAAGAAAAGACUGAGAAGAAUAUUUGAAGCAGCAGGGUACCAACUCUCACAGAAGAAGCAGGAAGAACUGAAGGCAGCUGUGUCCAUUCAGGAUAAAACUAAGGAUGGGGACUUCACUUCUCUACAGCAGUGUAACGCAGAGUACAAGAAACUGCUGGAAGAAGUAGAAACUCUGAGAGAACAAGUUAAAACACAAGAGGACAAGUUUCAAGAUGAAGUGGUCUUGGAGGAUCAUGCCUUGGACUAUGACCUAAUGGAUGACUAUUUGUGAGCAGACCUGUAUGAAAUAAGAAUAUGUUGAUUUAAAAUGGACAUAUAUUCUGCAUUGCUAUACAAAACCGAUAUGAAGGAGUCAGCUUAAAAAUGAUUCAAAGAUAGACUUAUUAAAAAGUAAUGAUAACUGACUUACUGAGUGUAUAUUGCCACCAUGUUUGGAUGUGAGUGGCUCUUUGCUGUCAAUUAUUAAGAAACAACACUGUGUUAACAUGGUAGUUAAACUAAGUGUAUUAUACAGAAUGUAUAUAAAAUUGAAUGUAUAUUUUGUUUCCGCUGAAUGGCUAUAUAUAAUCAGCUAUUCAGGGUUUAAAUUUCUUUAGAACAUUGUGUAAUGAAUUCAUCAUCAUCAUCAUGCCUCCUGAUUAUGAAUUGGUUAUUUGAAACUCUUGAUGGACAUAGUUUUGGAUAGAAGAAACAAGAUAUUGUGGAAAGACAAUAACUUGCAUGCAAUAUAUAAUUUUUUAAAUACAUGUAGAAUGUGGGAAUGUGGUGGUCACACCCAAUGUUUGGACACCCCUAUGUUCCUACAUAAAUAUAUUUUUCAGUAUUUCUGGAUAUUGACAUACCGUGUUUAAAUUGACUAGGUGAAGGUGUCUUUAUUUUUAGCACACAUCUACAGAAGUAGCUAGUGCAACUCCAUGGAAAGUGAUUGAACGUCAAUUGAAGUUGUAUCACUUAAUAAAGAUGAGAAAAGAAGAAACUGUUUCUGUGCAAUUUAUCAUCACCACAUCAGGUUUGAUGGCUAAUUAAUUGGUGUACAAUUUUAAUGUUCAUUGAUGAGAGACAAUGAACUGUAAUGGGGAAGCCCAGGCCCACAUUCACAAGCCCUCACCUGUACAUUGUCUCUAAACCAAUGCUUCCACCCCCUCUUGUAAUAUGAUCACGUCCGUCUUUUGUCCACCAAUCAGAAGUCGAGUAGGCUUGUUUUGACCUUUGUCCCCUCAUCACUCACUCACUCAGUCACAAUGGCGGACUCCAGGCCAAAAGAACAUUCCUUGCGAUCUAAACACUUGGACAAUUCCCAGUGUUUGAGGCAUUCAGAGCGACUCUCCGCUCGCGAGAGAACCGUGGCUACAACUAAGGUGCCUACUGGAGAGAUUAGGACGUUACGAUCGAGGGAUAUCCGCCCGGAAAAAAGAGAGGAAUGCGGUAUGGUGGGGAGGGGUGGUCAGAGAACAAAGAAACCCACCCAACCACCAACCUCCCCCGUCCGAGUUAGCGCUAGGCUGAAGGAAAACACUGCUGCUACGAUCCCUCCUCUUUCAGCAAAGCACGGGAGACGGUUUUCUGAGACGGAUGCAUCGCCGUACGGCACCCGCAAGAGGAGCCGAAGUUUGGGGGCCAACCACGGAAGUACCGGCCCGAGCACCGGCGAACAAGCCUUCAGGAUAGCGACAAGGUUACGGGAGAAACUGUCCGCAACAAGGGCUACGGUCACG